GCUUGAAGUUCAAAAGUACGGCCAGAUAUCACCAUGCUUUAUCGAGCGUUUCUGUGUUCAAUAACCCUUUUUGCAACAGCAUUAUUUUUCAUUUUUAAUCUCAAACUUUUUUGGUGUUCACUAUGUGAUAAAGCAGCAGAUAUCCCGUAUGAAAACAACAAUCGCCAUGGAAACGAGCAUCUUUUAUCAAAGUUCCCGGAUGCAAUCUCAAAUGACCCGUAUGAUGCAUCCAUAAUAAGCAAUCUCCAAGAAMAGCAGAGCGAAGCAACGAGAAAACAAUUUCUCUACGUUACGCAAACAGAAAGCUGUCUUCCACCACAUUUUCUGCGCCCUGAUCAACUUGGACAGCGGGGACACACAUUCGAUAUUUUGAUCCUUAGCUGGAAACACCGUUGUGAAGAUUCAGGCAGAAUGUACCCGAAUGUAAAAUACAUCUUYACAGAGUACAACACCACGUGGUCAACAGGGAGAAAUCUUCUUUUCUCACAUAUUUUACCAAAUGUGGAUAAAUAUCUCUAUUAUAUAUUCAUGGACGAUGAYGUCAUGUUAUACCAUACCGAGCCCUAUCAAGUCUUUCAUCGUCAUUCGUCGUUGCAUAACGACAGGCUGUCACGCGAUGUGGUUCACAAGUAUUUGAAAUUUCGUGGGAAGCGGUUGCAGAGAGAAGACAACCCUUAUCGAGAGUUCGAGAGGUUUUUGCUGGAGUUUGAGCCGGCGGUYGGGUUGUUGAACUUUUGCUUCGAGCAACGACAGUACUGUAUUUCAGAGUAUGUCCCCGACGUCUGGGAAGCGUUUUGCAGCAAGGAAGGACCCUUUCCAUUUCCUUUUAUUUCGUAUUCAAACUUCGACGGCGCAUUCAACGCUUUCCACCGCGAUGCAAUACCACAUUUGUUACCCUAUCACGUGACCUACGAAGCAGUCAAUUGGCAGGAGAGCCAGAAAUAUUUGAUUUUGAAGRCGGAUAUCAAAUUCCAGGGACAGGUUCUUUAUAAUUUACUCACAACAGCACACGGAACUCUCCACCGACCUUACCCAAGAAAGAUCCAUUGGCAUGCAAACUGGAAGAGAGUACUGGAUGAUUUAAGACCUUCUAUCAAUGAAAAGUACCGUAACGAAGUCGAAAGUCUGUCAUUCGACGAAACAAAGAGGCGCUUCGAYGAGAUUAGGAAUCCGCUUCCUCCUCGAUCACUUAUCGUUCCCUAUCGGCAUUAUAAACUAAAUAGGACUCGAAGCUGUCACCACCAGCCUCGUUUGUAUGAUGUGAUUAAKGAUAUGUAAAUUUAAAUAGCUAUAAAUAUUUUGGAACCAUAUUAGAAACGCAAUUCAAUCUGGGUUAUCUUGUUGUUGAGAUGACGAGACAACUGUGCUGCWAGUAAUUACUGUUUUAAACGAACGGAUCAUCUGUAGGUUUGGUUUUGAGCGGAGUAAGAGUGAUGACUUCUGGUUCAUCUCUGGWCUGUAAAGCAACAAAAUAGUGUUUCAAUCAGUAGAUUUAUACCAAUAAAACCUGCCCGCYACCUGACGGCUACCAGCCAGCAAA